CAGAUAUGGAUUUACAUGUGUGUGUGCUCGACUUUGAAGCAACCUGCUGGGAUGGCUCAAAGAACCACGAGAUUAUUGAGUUUCCUUCUCUUCUUUGGAGAUGGAAUAAAAGGAAAACAAUCGAGCUUGUUGAUAUAAUCCAGAUAUUUGUUAAACCUACUGUCAACCCAACUGUCUCCGAAUUUUGUCAUAAUCUAACUGGCAUCACCCAAGCACAAGUUGACAAUGGCUUUUCACUGAAGCAUGCUCUCAAACAGCAUUACGAGUGGCUGACUGAUCAUGUUGGACCAAAUACUGAAUCUGUUGUAUUUGUUACUUGUGGAGAUUGGGAUCUUAAAACCAUGCUUCCUAAUGAUUUAACUGCAAAUAAUUUGUCUUAUCCUGACCCAGCUUACAGGAAAUAUGUCAACAUCAAACAAGCCUUUAGCCAUGUGACUCAAACGAAAAAACAGAUGAGUAUGGUCAAAAUGUUGGCAGCUCUUAAUUUAGAGCUUGAAGGACGUCAUCACUCUGGUAUUGACGACUGCAGGAACAUUUCGAAGAUAUUUGUUAAAUUAGUUCAGCUUGGGUUGACUAAGGUGCUGUUCGAGCAGUUGUCUGUUACAGUCUAAUGCAUGAUUUAACAACACAGAUUACUUGGUAUUUCAAAACUAGUAUCUUUGGUUUAGAUUGAUCCUGUUAUAUGUUGACAUAAUGUAUUAAUUGUUAUUGAGCUGUGAAUUUUGUGAGUAAUUAAGUUGUAGAGUUAUUGGAUUGUCAUUUUAAAGUGGAACAUCUGAAAUACUGUAUACUAUUAUUUUUGUGUUUCAGUCGAUUUAUCAUGUAACUUGUGCUUGUAUUUUUUAAGUGUUGAACUACCUAUUUAUAAUACUCAGUAGGUAUUUUUCAGAA